AUGACCCAGCAGAAAUGCAACCUAACCCAGUGCCCAGACAAUGUAGAAGCACAAAAUCUAACAUGUGUCUCAGAAUUCCAUCUCAUGGGCUUCUCAGAAGACCCUGAACUGCAGCCCGUCCUCUUUGGACUGUUCCUGUCCAUGUACCUGGUCACGGUGCUGGGGAACCUGCUCAUCAUCCUGGCCGUCAUCUCUGACUCCCACCUCCACACCCCCAUGUACUUCUUCCUCUCCAACCUGUCCCUGGCUGACAUCUGUUUCACCUCUACCAUGGUCCCAAAGAUGAUUCUGGACAUCCAUACUUAUAGCAGAGUAAUUUCCUUUGUGGCCUGCCUGGCACAGAUGUCUCUGUAUAUCAUUUUUGGGUGUAUGGACGCUCUACUUCUGACUGCAAUGGCCUAUGAUCGGUAUGUGGCCAUUUGUCGUCCCUUACAUUAUCAAGUCAUUAUGAACGCUCACCUCUGUGCCUUCUUAGUUUUGGUGUCUUUUUUGUUUGGCAUUUUAGACUCACAGCUGCACAAUUUUAUUAUUUUACAACUUCCAUACUUUAAGGAUGUAGAAAUUGCUAAUUUCUUCUGUGACCCUUCUCAACUUCUUAAUCUUGUCUGUUCUAAGACUCUGAUCCAUAACAUAAUCAUGUAUUUUGCUGUUGCUAUCUCUGGGUUUUUUCCUAUCACAAGAAUCUUUUUGUCUUACUUUAAAAUUUUUUCUUCCAUUCUGAGAGUCCCAACACCAGGUGGGAAGUAUAAAGCCUUUUCCACCUGUGGAUCUCACCUGACAGUUGUUUGUUUAUUUUUUGGAACGGGCAUUGGAGUGUACCUCUUUUCGGAUAUGUCCUCUUCUCCCAGAAAGGGUGCAAUGGCCUCAUUGAUGUACACUCUAGUCACCCCAAUGCUGAAUCCCUUCAUCUAUAGCCUGAGGAACAGGGAUAUUAAGAAUACUUUGAAGAGGCUCCACAGUAGAACAGUCUUAAUUUCAAUACAUGUAGCAUCCAUCUGGAAUACAGGGAGGAACAGGAAAACAGAGUCAGCAAAGAUACACAUACACAGUCUACCUAUCGAGGUGAAAGGUCAGAAUCCGGCUAGUGAUCUCCUCAUUCUGCUAUCAGAGCUCUGCUGCAUCCAGUAG